UUUUUUUUUGUGCCGUUCUUUGGAGCUGAUGGUGCAACAAACCAAAAAGCCGUCCCCUACCAAGCCCCGUCAACCAUAAAUCCUUCCUGCGCGCAAAUGUGCACCGCAGUGUCCUCGCGCCGCUGGAGCUGAAGUCCGGCGAGAUAUGCCAGAUCUCGGCGCAGGGCAGCGACCAUGAGGAUGGUGCAGCGAAGUGGUGGCCCGCCGUGAUCUGGCUGGCCGCUGAUCCGCAUUUGCAGCGACAUGCCGUGCUGGUGUCGGAGACUGUGCGCGCGCUGGUCGGUGUGGGUUUUGAGAACAAGGUCGUGUUGCGACGGUAUCAGGGCAAUAUCGGAGUCGCUGAAAAGGUGACCGUGCGGGAGGUGCCGGGCGACGCUGAUGUGGAUGUCGAGGGUGGUGGCGCAUUGAUGAGGGCGGCUGACAGAGAUGGUUGGAGGUUUUUUUUGGAGCAUACCUUGAUGGAGACCAAGACUGUCUUUGAGGGCCUGACGUUUACGGAUAUCGAGUUCAAGGGGCGCAAAAGGUGUUUCCGAGUGGAAAAGAUCAUAGCGGCGGCCGAUGCGCCAAACACAGUUUUCGCGGCGGACAAGAAGUCCAGUCCCACAGUACCCGCGUUCACAAUGAGCGAAUCGACGACGAUAAAGCUCCUCACCGAGACCAUUACGGAGCCCACCAAAAAGAAGCCUGCAGCAAAACCCGCAGCGGCGGCCAUAGAACCCACCAAAACCCCCAUCCCCGCCAAAGCCACAAAAUCCUCAGUACCGCCAACAGUAGUCAGCGCCGCGACGCCCUCGAACGUAACCUUCAGCUCGAUCGGCGGUCUCUCGACGCAAAUCGACCGGCUGCGCACGCUCCUCGUCUCGGUGCUCGAAGACGCUGACGAGUUUUCGCGCAAGGGGCUCAUUCCGCCGCGGGGAAUCCUUCUCUACGGCCCACCCGGCACCGGAAAAACCAUGAUGCUCAAGGCGGCGGCCAGCGAGAUCAAGGCGAACGCCUACGUGAUCGAUGGCAAGGUGAUGGGCAAGUACCUCGGCGAGUCGGAAGCGGCCAUCCGCAAGAUCUUUGCCGAGGCGCGGAAAAACCAGCCAUCGAUCAUCUUCAUGGACGAAGUGGACAGUCUUGCGCCCAAGCGGUCGCACGGAGAGGGCAGCGAGGGAAGAGUGGUGGCCACGCUGCUGACGGAAAUGGACGGAAUGGAGUCGGCGGCGGAGGACGGGAGCAUGCGGGUUGCCAUAGUUGCCGCUACGAAUAGGCCCAAUGCUAUCGACGAGGCCCUCAGGCGAGCCGGUCGGUUCGAGAAGGAGCUGGAGAUCGGAAUCCCCGAUGUCGAUGCCCGCCGGGAAAUUUUGACUCUUCUGACACGGAAACUGGACUUCGAGAGCGAUUCUGAAACAACCAAGGCCGAGUUUGUGGCCGCCCUGGCUGCACGAACCCACGGAUACGUGGGUGCCGAUCUUGAAGCCGUUAUACGUGGCGGGUUUACAUUAGCGCUGAACCGCCGACGACGAGAUGCUGCCGCCGCUGCUGCCGCCAUCGCCGUCGCCAUCGCCGCCCCACCUCCAGACGAACCAACCGCCACCCCCUCCUCCCCGCUGCCGCCACCGAAGAAAGACGUAACCCUGAUCCCCGCCGACCUCGAAGCGGCACUGAAAGAAGUCAAGCCCACAGCCAUGCGGGAAAUCUUCAUCGAGCCGCCCAAAGUCCGAUGGAGCGACAUCGGCGGACAAGAAGAAGUGAAGCAGCGGCUGCGGGAAGCCGUUGAAUGGCCGUUGACACACCCGGAGGUGUUCUCGCGGCUCGGCGGCACGCCCCGCAAGGGGCUGCUUUUGUACGGCCCACCCGGCUGCUCCAAAACGCUGACUGCCAAAGCGCUCGCGACGGAAGCCGGCCUGAACUUUAUGGCCGUCAAGGGCCCAGAGCUGUUCAGCAUGUACGUCGGCGAGUCGGAGCGCGCAGUGCGCGAGGUGUUCCGUAAGGCCCGCGCCGCAAGCCCGAGUAUCAUCUUCUUUGAUGAGAUCGAUGCGCUCACCGCGUCACGUGAGGGCUCUAGAGGUGGCGGCGCGAACGUGCUUACCGCCCUGCUUAACGAAAUGGACGGUAUCGAGACAUUGAAGAAUGUUGUCAUCCUGGCGGCUACUAAUAGGCCGGAGAUCAUCGACCCCGCCCUCAUGCGCCCCGGCCGACUGGACACGAUCCUGUACGUCGGGCCGCCGGACCUCGCCGCACGUAUCGAGAUCCUCAAGAUCAAGACGCGAAAGAUGGCGAUCUCCGCUGAGGUGGACAUAUCAUCGCUAGCGGAGCGACUGGACGGGUUCUCGGGCGCCGAGAUUGUCAACAUCUGCGACGAGGCGAUUCACUACGCGAUGCGCGAGAGCUUCGAUAUCGAAGCCGUCGGCACUAGCCAUUUCGACAUGGCUGUGGGAAAAGCGGUCCCACAGAUCACGCAGGCGAUGAGAUGGAAGUAUGAACAGUGGAGUGUGGGCGGGGUUAAGAAAAUUUAGAUAUAGAUAUAGAGGGGUGGAAUUGAUACCAGACAUGGACAAAACAGCAGUGGGGCGCCGUUUAUCAUUCAUCGUUCAUCGGUCACCGUGCCAGUCCUCCCUUCCGCAGUCCAGUCCAGUCUAGCAAAUAGUAAACAAUAAAACCACCAGGAAAGGAAGCCUCCGAAC